CAGCAAACAAAGAGGGCAGAGAAAAAGACGGCAGAAGAGGGAGAGCGACAGCUAGCUAGAGAAAAGUUUCAAACGCCGAAUAUACUCUAAAUUGAAAACGUCUACGGCGUGAGCACUCCGGACCCUGAUAUGAGAACUCCUGUUAGUUGACAGUAUCUUAUAGGCACGGCAGGUAACGUAUGGUUAAUAUUUGUGUGUUAAUAUUGCACUUGUGUUUGGAUGGUUAGCGCUGUGUGUAGCAUUGAUUAGACAGUGAUGGUGUUUGAUAAAGUGGGCCUGCGCAGGUUAGCCUGAAUGCUAACAGUGCUCUUAAAGCGUUAGUCACGCUCACGUUGUGUUUAGGAUGACACUGAACCCACAUAGUCUUAUAUUUUGAACAUUAGAUGAUGCAUGUUAAUUAUUCUGGAACUGUAUAACUUAUUUCCGGUGUGGCAGAUUCAUGUAAAUAAGCUGUAAUCCGCUGGUGAAUCACUUUGUGCACCAGUUAAACAAGAUUGAUUCAAUCUUAGACAUCAAUCUGACACAAUUAUUUGCCCCUUUUAAACAUUAAUGUCUUUAAUUUGAUAUGGGUGAGACCGGGGCUAGUUGUCACCGGGGCUAUGUUCUAGUAACUAGGAUUUGAAUCAAAAGUCCAAAUACAUAAAUGUGUGGUUUCUCUUGCGGUAGGUGUCUUAUUUUACACCUUAGUCAAUACCUUCUUAAAUUAGAAUAAUUUUUGUGAAGUAUAUCCUCCAAACUUACAUUCCAAUAUAAUCAUAUUUUCAAGUGAACACAAUAAAAACACACUAGCAUACAUUCAGACAAAGGUCAACUAUAUAAUGAUGAAGGACAAUUUUAAGCAAAAGGUUGUUUUUCAUAAAUGUCACGUGUUUUAAUUGUUAUGGAUUUCCAUGCAAAUCCAUACAAUUUUUUAAUUACAAUAUUUGUUGGCCUACAAAAUGAUUGGAUAAUUUUGCUGUUUUAAAAUUGUUUUACUGUUAAAAUUUAGUUGGAAAGCCUUUGGCAGGUUUCAUUGUGACAACAUGCCCCACUAUUAACAAAAGGUCACUGUAUUCAGUGAACUGUAUAUUUGGUCAACCACCCUGAGAUAUAUUCACUGGAGUAAAAUAAUUUGACAACUAGACCUGGCCACUCUGAAAUACAUCACAUUAGGGCUGCACAAUUAAUCGAAGAAAUAAUUGAGAUUACAAUUACAGCUUUCACAAUUAUGUAAUUGUGGAAAGUGUCAGUUACAGCUUUUCAUUUAGAUGUUCUCCCACUGUGCCAGAAUGUUCUAUUUAUAACCUAUUUUUUGGGCCGUUGUGUGCAUGAAUGCAAAGGCAAACCCGAUGCGUUUAAAUUAGUCUAAAAGGCAUAUCAGUAAUGCUCACUAUUUAAAUUAUAUUUUGAACAAUUUAUUCAAAAUGUGAAUAACACUUUGCUUAUCAUGCAAUUAAAAUAUUAAAGCAAUUCAGGAACACAGUUCUCAAGUUGUUUUAAUGCAUAGCCUACAUCAAGAAUAUGGCAUGCAACUGCCCCACACAAAAUAAGUAUUUUAAUGUAAAUUAUAUUAAUCAAUAUGAAUAAACGCAAUUACAGUAUCAAUGGAAAUAAUCGGCAAUUGCGAUUUUCGUUAUAAUCAUGCAGCCUACGUCACAUUAUGGAAGUAAAAUUGGUUGCAAUGCUGUUUCAUGUUGACUUUUAUUAAAGUAUAUGAGAGAUUAGUCUGUGCUGAGGAUUAGUUGUAUAUCUGUUUUUGUCCUGUCUGUUUUGUAGGCAUGGAAGUCGUGGGGCAAAUGUGAUGAGCUAUGUAUAAGUGUUCACAGUCAUCUCCCUCAUCCCCAGAGCGUUGUACAUAAUCCUCCAAAUUAUUAAGGGGGAACUUUCAGAAUGAAGAAGAUCAGUCUGAAGACAAUAAGAAAGUCAUUUAACAUGAAAGGCAAAGAAGAGAGCGAAUAUGCCUUGUCACAGCCAGACCUGGCCACCAAUUUCUCUGCUGAAGAUUCUCUGUUUGGAGGAAGCUACAGCAAAGAUCUUGUCAGCAGUGACUUGGAUAACGAGGAUGAAAAACGAGCCAAAGUCCGAUCUAAGAGUGAGGGUCUCAUGGGCACCUUGAAAAGGAGACUGUCAGCGAAACAGAAACCAAAGGUCAAAGGCAGUUCUCCAUCGGUAUGCUCUAUAGAUGAUGACACCUUCUCUUCUUCUUCUGCACCCAUUAGUCUAAGUGACAUAAAAUCCCAGCAUUCCUCCCGUUCCACCUCUGUCCAUAGUCACCAUUACAGUCCCACCCCAUGGCCUCUCAGACCAGCAAACUCAGAGGAGACUUGCGUUAAAAUGGAUGUGAAGGUGAAUGCUUUAAUGAACUCUUCAGAUCCAAGCCCAGCUCUCAACGGUGUGCGCCAUGACUUCCUAGACCUCCAGAGAGACAGACUGUUUGAAGAAUCAAGCGAUUCAUUGAAACUCACCAGUUGUGUGCCAGACCACCAUUCUGACUCUCAGAAUGGUGAUUUGCAUCUUGAAAUGGAUGAACAUGUGCCUGUAGUCCUUGGUCUUGCAGUUCAGGAUUAUAUUCAGUAUACAUUGCCUUUAGAUGAUGGACUCUAUCCUGAUGAGGAGGGUUCACGCUCUUUUUGCUUAGAUAGCACCAUGCCCAUGGAUGUUGUGCCCCAGUCAGAGGGCUGCAGAUCCCUUGAUGCAGAUGAGGAGCCUAUUGAUCAGGAUCUCCUGUCACCGGACAUCUUCAUGGAGUCAUCGGUGAACCAGCUCUUUUUAAACACUGCAAAUGUCUUGCUGCAGGGCUCCAGACUUGAAGCCCCACUUUCCCCUUUGCUACCUCCGUUGCCCAGUAGUUAUCUCCAGAGAAGUUUCUCUGGGUUUGGUGGUACACCUGCUCAGGUUGCAGAGAGAGUCAUGCACCAUCUCAACUUUGACCCCAACUCGGCCCCAGGAGUGCAGCGGGUCUACGAUGCUGUGCAGAGCAGUGGGCCCAUGGUAGUCACUAGUCUCACAGCUGAACUAAAGAAGCUAGCCAAGCAGGGGUGGUACUGGGGCCCCAUCACAAGAUGGGAGGCUGAGGAAAAGCUGACAAAUCUUGCCGAUGGCUCUUUUUUAGUCCGUGACAGUUCGGAUGAUCGGUAUCUCUUAAGCUUGAGCUUUCGCUCACAGGGUAAGACUCUCCAUACUCGGAUUGAACACUCAAAUGGCAGUUUCAGCUUCUACGAGCAGCCUGAUAUUGAGGGCCACAUAUCAAUUGUGGAUCUCAUUGAUAAUUCAAUUAAAGAUUCAGAGAAUGGAGCAUUCUGUUAUUCAAGAUCCCGCUUACCAGGGUCUGCAACCUACCCCGUUAGACUGACCAAUCCUGUUUCAAGGUUUAUGCAAGUGCGGUCACUGCAGUACUUGUGCCGAUUUGUCAUUCGGCAAUACACACGGAUCGAUCUGAUCCAGAAAUUGCCUUUACCGAACAAAAUGAAAGAUUACCUGCAGGAAAAGCACUACUGAACACAGUAAAACUAAACUUUACAGGAGUUGGUUGCUACUUGCACUUUUGGGAUGACACAAUAAAGCAGGUUUGGCAAACUUUUCAAGGGUUUUGUUACCAUUAAACUACAUAUUAUGUUGAAAGAAAAGACGACAUUUGUUGGCUUAAAAGUGUCUGAUCAGUAGAGUAGAUAAUUAAGAGGUUUGUGAAGGGACGCAAUGGCAGAAUGUUGUUAUAGAGUGUUUGGAUCUCAAUGUUGGAGCCUUUUUCGCAUGCUCUCUUAGAGUACUGUAGUGUUUUGUUUUUGUUACAGGAAUACAAGUCCAGAUACAGAGAUUCAUGUGUUUUUAUGCAUAUCCCAUUCUAUGAAAUAUUAGCACACAACUUCAAGCUCCAGCUUAUUGUAGGGCAGUUAGAGGUUAUUGGCAACAAUGCAUAGAUGUGAAAAAACGCCUUAAUGACCGCAGGUUUGUGAAAUGUGGUUUUGGUGAGCAAAUAGAUGACAUUCCUCGUCUCAUUUUUGAGUGCAUAUUUUUUGUGUUACUAGCAACUGCUAUGUCAUGACAUGAUCUUAUUGAAAUGGAAAAUCUACAUCCAUUACUGUUAAAAAGUUUGGAAUCACCAUGAUAUUUUUUGGUUUUUGGAAGAAAUUUAGCAUUUUCUUUACCAAGGAUGCUUUAUCAAUUACAGUAUGCCAUUUUUAAUGUUACAGAUUUCUAUUUAAAUAAAUGCUGUAUUCUUCAAACUUUCUGUUUGUCCACAAAUCCUCCACUUGCAGCACUGACACCUUAGGCAUUCUAGUUGUCAGUUUAGUAAGAUAUUCAUGUGAAGUUUCAUCCCAUGCUUUCUGAAGCACUUCCCAAAGAUGUAAUUGGUUUGUAGGAUACUUUUCACUACCCUUUUAAUCAGACUCUUCUAACAGCAGCUUAACACCUCAAAACUCAAGCUACUUUUCCACCAUUGGGCAGAACGGUUGGUAUGGUUAUGGUUUCUUUUUCCACUGUUGUGCUUAAAUGUACGUAACAUAUGUCAUUUGGCUAUGAUGUGAGAGAUUAACAGUGGAGCGAGUGCACUUUGGAGGAUAAUCACAUAUCUCAGUUUUUAGGACUGCUUUUUUACUCUGCUAGAGCACAGGAAAGACAUAGGCCUUGUCACAAAAAGGGAAACGGAGAAAAAGGCUAAUAUUAAUGAUAAAAAUGAUAUAUUAAUGUUAUAAGAGCUUAAAUGAGUUAACUAGCGUAAUCUACCUCUCCAAUGAGAAAGGCUUGUAGAAAAACAAUGUACUAUAGCCUACUAGUUUGACCAUCAUCAUAAAAUCCUCACCACAGUGAACUUUGCCAGCUACCUUGAAACAAAUUAGUUAUGUUGCCAAUUUGACAGUCGUGAUUCUCCACAUACUAAAGCCAUUCCACUAGCACGGUUAGCGAAUCGUGGUGAGAAAUGCGGGUGAUAACUUUGUAAUUAUGCCUUGCCAACCACGCUGAAGUAGAAAUGCUAACUGGAACUGUUCCUCACCAUGCUCAGAGCAGUUGGGCCCAAUGGUGGAAAAGCAGCUUAAGACUGAUCCAUCCAUAUUAGUAAUUUGUAAUCAUUAAGUUAUUUUGCCAUGUGUAUUUUGUUUACUUACUUGCCAUUGUCAGAUGUGACUUUUUCUUUGAAACUCUGUCUAAAAGACCAGCAUCCCAGAGUCUUCUCUUCACUGUCACAGAUGAAACUGGUGUGCUUGGCAUGUACUGGUCAUUGAAGCUGCCACUUUAGGCCCUGUGUGGGGUCUGUUUUUCAAACUAGAGACUCUGAUGUACGUCCUCUUGUUGUCAUGCAUCUGGACUAUCCACUACUCUUCCUAUCUUGGUCAGAUCCAGUUUGCUUUUUUUUCAAGGAAAUAGUGUAUAGAAUAGCAUUAGCCUCUCUGAAGAACUAUAGACUGAUAAUCUUUUGAGAAAUUUGUUUCUUUUAUGCAAUUUUUCAAACCAAAUUUUGACUUUGAAGUGCACAGUGACUUGCAGGAAAUGCAAGUGUACUCGGUACUUCAGCAACUGAAAAAGGACACCGUAUUGCGGUGUUCAGAUGUAAUUAAAUAGCACAAACUUUUUCAACUUUUCUUAUGGUAAAAGUUUCUUGAGUACCAAAUGAUCACAUUAGAAUGAUUUCUCAAGGGUAUCUGGAUUUUCUUAGUAGACUGGACAAUUUGAAAGUACAUGGAAAUAUAAAAGAGUUAUUUAAAACAGUAAUAAAAAUUUUAAUUGCUAAGGAUUUUGGCAGUAUUUUUGAUCAAUUUAAUGCGUCCUUGGUGAACAGAAGCAUAAUUUUUUUUUUUUUCAAGAGCAAAAAUGUCUUAGUGAU